GUGGAAGCAGGCUCUACCUGUGCUGUCUUCGGCCUUGGAGGAGUUGGCCUCUCUGUUAUCAUGGGCUGCAAGGCGGCUGGAGCUUCUCGCAUCAUUGCCAUUGAUAUCAAUAGUGACAAGUUUGCCAAGGCCAAGGAGCUGGGAGCCACCGACUGCAUUAACCCUAAAGAUUACAAGGAGCCCAUUCACAAAGUGCUGAUUGGAAUGACUGGCUAUGGCGUGGACUACUCCUUCGAGGUCAUUGGCCGUAUCGAAACCAUGGUUGCAGCCUUGGCCUCAUGCCACUACAACUAUGGAGUCAGUGUCAUUGUGGGAGUGCCCCCUGCAGCACAGAAUAUCACUUUUGACCCCAUGCUCCUCUUCAGUGGUCGCACCUGGAAAGGGUCUGUCUUUGGAGGCUGGAAGAGUAAAGAUUCAGUCCCCAAGCUGGUUGCUGACUACAUGAAGAAAAAAUUUGUUCUGGACCCAUUAAUAACCCACACCCUUCCUUUCAGUAAAAUCAAUGAAGGAUUUGAUCUGCUAAGGGCAGGGAAGAGUAUUCGCAGUGUCCUGACGUUUUAGGAUUCCCAAAUGAUAAACAGCAGAUGGCUUAGCAGCAGCACAAACUUCAUUAUCCUCCAAUACAACGGAUACAAAUUUGAAAUAAGACAUUUCUGAAUGAUCUGCCACCACCACCCUUGAA